AAUGAGGAGGACGUUAUGCAUCGAGUUGUUGCCGCUUUGAUGAGCACUCAGCGAGGGAAAGAAGUCUAUACUGAUGCUUGUGAAAGGAGGGCGCUUUUGGAAAAAAUGCGCCGUACUGGAGGACCACGCCGAUUAGCAUUGCCGCCGCGCGCUACCGAUAAAGAUUUAGAAGCUCUUUUAUCAGAUGGAAAUUUUGGAGAUUUACGAAGUCUGUGUUUGGCGUUCACUAGAGUUACUGGAGCCUGCGCUGAACAAAUAAUUAAGUUGCCUGCCUUACGACAAUUGAAUUUAUGGUCGACGCAAUUUGAUGAUGCCGGCUUGCAGAUACUCGCGGAAAAUUUGCCGCAAUUAAGACAGCUCAAUCUUUGCGAGACUCGCGUAACUGACGCUGGAAUCGCUUCUUUGGCUUCAUUAAAACACUUAAGAACAUUGAAUCUGAAUAGUACUUCAUUGACUGCCACUACAUUACAAGAGUAA